AUGAGCUAUAACAAUUAUCAAAACCAAGGUGAAGCUGCCAGUUACUUGGGGCAACCCAAUCAAGGCUAUCAUCAAGAGAGUCAAUAUCAUUAUGCACCCGAAGAAAGCAGUCAUGAAUAUAACGCAUUACUCUCAAACAUCAUGGGCAACACCUCGAGCCAUCAACCUGCUCAAGAUCAUGAAAUUCGAGCUGCCCAGCAGCAUUAUGAACAGGUUAUCAAUAAUCCCGGUCAGAAUAAUUCUGCUGAAGCUGUUGGUAAUGCUGCAGCUGUUCAAGCAUUACAAAGAAGCCAGCAAACUGGCGGUGGCAUGGGGGAUAUGAUAAAGAUGGCCAUGUCAAUUGCUUCUAAUCUAUCAGGUGGUGGACAUAGUACUGGAGGUGGUGCCGGUGGAGCAGGUAAAAGCCAGGCUAUUCAGCAAGCUGCCAUGAUGGCAGUCAAACUGUACAUGUCCAAGCAGUCAUCAGGUGGAGGACAACAGCAAGCUGGAGCUGGAGGAGCUCUUGGUGGUUUACUAGGUAUGCUGAUGGGUUCUUCUGGUGGAAGCGGUCAACAGCAACAAGCUCAGCAUUCCUCUUCAGGUAUGGGUGGAAUUGGUGCCAUGGUUGGUUCAUUGCUUGGUGGCGGAGGUCAUUCUCAACAGUCUGGUCAACAGCAACAACAAAGCCACGGCUACUCCCAACCAUCAAAUAACAACUAUCCUCCUCAACAAAGUCAUAAUCAAAAUAAUAGCAGCUACUAUCCUCCACCACAACAAGGCCAUAACGCUGGUUAUGCUCAACAAGCCUAUGGGCAACCGCAACAAAGCUAUGGCAAUCAAGCGCCCUCUCAGGCACAACAGCACCAAUCACAAGGGAGAACAGAUUAUGCAGCUCUUGCUUCAGGUUUAAUGAAUAAGAUCUUCAAGUAA